AUUGGCGUCGAGACGUCGCUGCGCUACGCCAUCCAGAUGAUCAUCGCGUCGGCGCUGGUUUGCGCAAAGCGCAAGGGCGUGGAGGUGGAGGUGGAGGACAUCAAGAAGGUGUACUCCCUCUUCGUCGAUGUCAAGCGCUCGACGCAGUUCCUCGUCGAGUACCAAAACGAGUUCCUCUUCUCGGAGAUGCAAGACAACGACGCCGACAUGACCGACGCGCGCACCUGA